UGUUGAGGGUCCUUUAGCCUUGAGUGGCCAUGCACGCCAAGCCCAUUAUUUGUCCCCACCCCUGAAAUCCAAUUUCCCUUUCUUCCCUUUAGAACUCUAGUUGGUAUCUUCAUUCUCAUCACGCACUAACAUCCCACCAACUUUAUUGUGAUUCAUAGGCCGUUACCAAAGAGUCUAUCUCCCUCUUGCCUUGUAACCCCUAACACCUUUCACGAAACCCAUGCACCCAUUCCCUUAGAAUCUGAUCUUUUUUCACAAGAGAAAUAUAUGUAGAAGAAACCCAGUAAACAACAUACCAUCUUUCCCAUUAAAAAUGCCUGUAUCUGUAACCUCAAAGCUACCAGAAGACCCAACUCUUCAACCAUCUUCAACUCCAAGACCACCACCCCUCACUCCGAAAUGGCCUAUCAACAUCAAGCAAUUGAUUUCAUUAGAGCUAAGGAUACACGGGAGGAUAGCUGUCCCUUUGGUGGCCAUGAAUUUAACCUGGUUCGCAAAAUUAGCGAUCACUACUGCAUUUCUUGGUCGGCUUGGAGAGCUUGAACUAGCAGGAGGCGCACUUGGUUUCACCUUUGCUAAUGUCACUGGAUUCUCUGUUUUGAAUGGCCUCUGUGGUGCCAUGGAGCCUAUCUGUGGUCAAGCUUAUGGAGCAAAAAACCAUAAGCUCCUCCAUAAGACACUAGUCAUGGCAACCUUUCUCCUACUGAUAACCACAAUCCCAAUUGCUUUCUUAUGGGUAAAUGUUGACAAGAUACUUCUCCACUUUGGCCAACAACCAGAUAUUUCAUUUGUUGCACAGAAGUAUCUUGUGUAUCUUCUCCCUGACUUGCUGGUUACUUCAUUCCUUUGUCCUCUCAAGGCUUACUUAAGCUCCCAAAGCAUAACAGUCCCUAUAAUGUUCAGUUCAGCUCUUGGACUGGCCCUUCACCUCCCUAUAAACAUCUUACUUUCAAAAGCAAAGGGCCUACAGGGAGUUUCUAUGUCAGUCUGGUUGACUGAUCUUAUUGUUGUCGUUCUGCUUGGAUUGUAUGUAUUGGUGGUGGAAAAGAGAAAAGGGGAAAGGUGGGGGGAGGGGGGUUGGUGGGAUCAAAAAUUGGGAGAGUGGAUUCAGUUACUAAGGCUCUGUGGUCCUUGUUGCCUCACUACCUGCCUUGAAUGGUGGUGCUAUGAGAUACUGGUCUUACUAACUGGGCGCUUACCAGAUGCAAGACAGGCUGUGGCAGUGCUAGCAGUGGUGCUCAACUUUGACUACCUCCUCUUCUCUAUCAUGCUCUCGUUAGCCACAUGUGCAUCCAUUCGUGUAUCAAAUGAACUAGGUAGAAACAGAGCAAGCCCUGCUCGCCAAUCUGCAUAUGUAUCCUUAGCAGUUGGCAUUGUAUCAGGUUGCAUUGGUGCUUCCGCAAUGGUAGCAGCCAGAGGAGUCUGGGGGUCUCUGUUUAGCCAUGAUGAAGGCAUCUUGAAAGGUGUCAAGAAGAUGAUGUUAGUAAUGGCUCUCCUGGAAGUUGUAAACUUCCCAUUGGCAGUUUGUGGAGGGAUAGUCCGUGGGACAGCAAGGCCAUGGCUAGGUAUGUAUGCAAACCUCGGUGGGUUUUACCUGUUGGCCUUACCUUUGGGUGUUGUGUUGGCAUUCAAGGUCCGGCUUGGUCUUGGUGGACUGCUGUUUGGGUUCUUGGCUGGUGUGACUGUGUGCUUGUUUUUGUUGUUAAUUUUCAUUCUGAGGAUUGAUUGGGUAAAAGAAGCGAACAAGGCACAAGUACGUGCUGGACAGGACGUUGGUGAUCUAAACCCAGGAGGAGAUAAUAGAGCUGCGGGAGUUGUUAAUAGUUCUGAAGUACAUGACUAUCUGCCUCAACAGAAGCCAUAACCAGUCAAUUGGCUUCAAUUGUUUGAGCUCUGCUUAGAUAGAUGGGCUUCUAACCAUCAUCAAACUGCGUACAGAACCUGUCUUUUGUAAUGAUAUGUAAACUUGAACCAUCUUCAAGUGCAGAAAUCCAUGAAGGAUAAGUACAGUACUGGAGAUUGUUGUAGAUUGGACAAAUCAUAGGCUUCAACAUUAAUGAUAACUUACUCGAAGAUAGCAUUCAAUCUUCAUGCCUA